AUGUUUUCGCUGAUGUGCAACUUACGCCACACAUUUUUGGCUAGAGUGAUCCCAACCAUCAGAUAUUAUGCUGCAGCGAAAACAGCAAGAUCUAAUGGAAAGUUUGGGCGUCUUCCUCCUGGAUUUGGUAAAACAACACCGUUCAGUUUAUUCAUCAAAAAGAACUUUGCAUCAAGGAAAAACGAACAGCCUACAGAAGUUUUCAUCAAUCUUACCAAAGAAUGGAAAAAUUUAGACGAGGCUGACAAAAGGAAAUAUGUUGAUGAAGCAUUACGAAUAAACGAAGAAAAAAGAUCAAAAUUCGAAUCGAUGAAUGAAGCUGAGAAAGAGGAGCUUCGUAGACAGGCUAAGGAUUUGAAAGAGGCUCGUUUAAAACGAAGAGUACGUUUGGAAAGGAGGAAAAAACGGGAAAGUGACGGUCAACGGCCAAUGUCAGGCUGGAUGCUUUUUGUGAAAGAGAAAGCUGUAAAAGGAGCUGUUGACACUGAUAAAAAGCAACAAGAUAUCAUUAAGGAAUUGGCAAUGGUCUGGAAGUCAUUUUCCAAGUCAGAUAAAGAUGCAUACAAUGAACGGGCCAAAGCUCUUUCGAAAAGUGGAGAAAUACAUAAUUGA